GGAAGGGUUUAUUCGAGAGUAUGGUGGAUGGUAGUGAGGAUCCAGAGAAGAUAAAUCAAGCUGAACAGACGGUUAAAGCCACUGUAUUGAAGAAGUGUCCUGAAUAUGACUCUGUGGACCCCAUAUUUGCCGAAAGAGACGGCGGGACAGAAUCCCUUCGCACAGGUACCACCGGAAAUUCGAAUGUCACACUCGAGACGAUUAUGAGGGGUUCUCACCACCCCUCUCCUUCUCCUGAGAGAUCUCCACACUCUCCUAGGCCUCCAUCACCAUCUCAGAUGUCAUUGAAUGACUUCCUAGGCCAGCAAGAGUCUCAAACUGAAGAUACAUCGACUCAGAGCGAAAAUACACGUCCUGCGACUAGGGAACGCAGUUUUAGUGAUCAUAGGCUGACCAAGCGAGCUGCAGGCCUUUACACAUCGUCCAGGAGGGGGGAAGGAAAAAACAAUGCUGGAGGUAUUGCGGGGUUGUUUGAGGGGAUUGCUGCGAGCAGAAGGGAGGAGAUAGGCCUAGAGAAGCGUAAGCUAGCUAUCCAAGAGGAAGAAAGAGAAGAUUCGAAGAGACAGAGGAAGGAAAGGGCUAAAAAUGAGAGGUUGGUCAUAACAUCGAAGGAGGCUCAAGCUCGUCUCACUGCAGAGCAAGGACUACCGGUAGAACUUCGUGUUUCCUGGGUUCAGGCUAUCGCAGAUGCAGAGGAGAGGUAUGAUAGAGCUCACAGGGACAGAGAAGAAGGGGAAGGAGACGUUCACACCGAAUAUGAUGAGUGGAGCAAUUGGUCGGAGAGUGAUAGGUAG